GAAACCAUUUCAUCAUACAGUCGUCGUCGGAGGCCAUUUCGCUGGAAAAAAAGCAGAGAGAGAGCGAGGGAGAUCAGAUGGCGACGACGGCGUGUUUCAUCAUCGUCAGCAGAAACGACAUCCCUAUUUACGAAGCUGAAGUCGGAUCCGCCGCCAAAAGGGAAGAUGCUGCUCAGUUGCAUCAGUUCAUAUUACAUGCCGCUCUCGAUAUUGUGCAGGACCUUGCCUGGACCACCAGUGCCAUGUACUUGAAGGCAAUCGAUCGCUUUAAUGAUCUGGUGGUUUCCGUCUAUGUUACGGCUGGUCAUACACGACUUAUGCUACUUCAUGACUCUCGUAACGAUGAUGGAAUCAAGAGCUUCUUCCAAGAGGUUCAUGAGCUUUAUAUCAAAACUCUUCUGAAUCCCCUGUACCUGCCUGGUUCGCGAAUUGCGUCAUCACAUUUUGACACAAAAGUUCGUGCUCUUGCACGAAAAUACCUCUAGGGGCCAUGUAUCUUGUGGGUGGAUAAACUCGUGAUUCUUUCGGAAUGAGGUGCACAGCUUCCAUGACUAGAUGAUUUUGAAACCUUUCCUUUUUGUUUCCUUUUCUGUGAUUCGAGUUCAAGAUUGCGACCUAUAAAACACCAUAUUUAGCGUAUCUUCAUGCAUUACAAGCAUCUGGUAUCGCAUUUAUAUGUAUGUCGUCACUAACAGUUGUAUCUUAACACAUGUUAUUCAUACUAACAUCUUAUAGUAGCCUUUGCGAGAAA